AUGAGGCCUGCAAGGCUCCUGAGGGCGCGUCCAAAAUCAGGGUGCUGCGGCGAGACGAGCUGCUGGCCCCUGCGGCCGGGCUCUCGUGUCCAGUUCGGUGUCUGCCGCCUCCAGCCGCGCCUCUUGUUUUCCAGCGCGCCGGCCGCCCCCGCCGCCCGGCCGCCCAGCGACAGCAGCCGGACCCCCGCCGCCGCCCCCGCCGCCCCCGCCGCCCCCGCCGCCCGCCGAUCUCCACCGCCGCCGGACAGCGCCGCCGUCUCCCGCCUGCGAAGUGUGGCUGGGAGCCGCCUUCUGACGUCGCCGCCCUCGGGAAAUGCGGUGGACCCGGGGCUGGUGCAGAGAGCAGCCCGAGCUGUGGUGGGCGGGUGGGUCGCCUCCACGUGGCCUGUCCGAAGUCUGUCAAUUGCGGCCGUGCGGCCAUCAGAGAAGACGGCGGCAGCCCUUGCAGGCGAGCCAGCCGAGUACAGGGGGCAGCCCGGCCGACGCUCGGCCCUCCCUGCAGCUCGCGUGCGCCACGCCGCAGCCGCCUGCGUCUGCAGACACGGCUUCCGUCGGCUCAGCCUAACAUUCGACCCGGUCUCUGCUCGAAGGAGCCUCUCUCAACAGGAGAGAGGGAGGAGGCUGAUACAGGCGGCCAACCAGGGCGCGGUGGAGCAGCUGCGCGAGUUACUGGCGGCGGGGGCGGACGUGGGGGCGAGGGGGCAGGGGUGGUUGGGGACCAGCUGUACCGCCCUGCACCUGGCAGCAGACAGGGGUCACGUGGCGGCGGCCAGCUGCCUCGUCGGCGCCGGCGCGGAGGUCGACGCCAGGAGCAGCUGGGGGCAGUGGACACCCCUGCACUGGGCUGCAUUCAAUGGCCACGCUGGUGUGGUGCGGCUGCUGGUCGGCGCCUCUGCUGACCUCAACGCCAGGGAUCGGUGGGGGCGGACGCCGCUGCACUUGGCGGCAGAGGGGGGCCGGGCAGAAGCGGCGGCUGAGCUCCUGCUGGUGGGGGCGGACAGGGGGGCCCGGGAUGAGCGUUGGAGGACCCCCCUGGACGUCGCCAGGGAGAGGGGAAAGCAGGAGCUGGUGGAUAUCCUGACACAACGCUGA